CAUGAAACAUAAGGAGUACUUAAAUUUGGGUAUAAGCUUUUUUUAUUUUUUAUUUUUAUCUGACUUUGGGUAUAAGUUCUUAAGAGCGUUUGUCGAUAUUGAUAGGGAUUUGGGUUGCAUACGGCCAUGGAUCCAAGCUUUGUGGCUUUGACCUCGAGUGGAAGCUCAGAAGUUGUCCCUCCAGAUGAUAGUAACAUUUUUGAUGAUAUUCUCAAGUUCAUAGACGCUACCCUCAUGGACGAGAACAUAGAGCAGGAACCCUCUAUGUUCCACGAUCCUUUGGCCCUGCUAGCCACUGAGAAAUCCUUGCGCGAUGUUAUUGGUGAGGAGUCUUCUGUUUACCCCAAUCAAAAUGCUGAAAGCACAGAUGGGUACUUAAUUAGUACUUCCAGUGAGCACAGUAUUAACUAUAAAACUAGCUUUGGCAACCAUGUUGAGACAACUAGGGACAGUUCUAUUGACAACAGUAUUGGCCCAAUGAUCUCCUCGAUGAGUAGCCAUCUGGUUACAAAUAUGUUUAGCGAUAGCCAGUCCAUAUUGCAGUUCAAGAGAGGGGUGGAGGAAGCUAGCAAAUUCCUUCCUAGUAAUAAUCGAUUGAUAAUUGAUUCAGAGAGUUAUACGAUGCCUCCGGGGUCAAGGGAAGAGGCUCUGGAGAUUGUAGCCAACACGGAGAAGGAAGAAAGGCAAAACUCACCUAAGGGCUCAAGGAGUUGGAAGAAUCAUCACCGCGAGGAUAGUGACUUAGAAGAGGCAAGGACAAGCAAGUUUUCAGCAGUUUAUGAUAGAGAAUCAGAGUUAUCUGAUAUGUUGGAUAAGUGUCUAUUUUGGGAUGAAAAAGUAGAAUCUACAUGCUGUGAUUCUGAUGAAAAAGUGCAUAGUGAAAAAACCAAGACCAUGCAACAGAAUGCACAACCACGUGGUUCUAAAGUCGGGAAGACUCGCGCUAAGAAACAGGAAACCAGAAACGAAGAAGUAGAUUUGGUGACACUCUUGAUUAAUUGCGCACAAUCUGUUGCUGCAGAGGAUAGCAGGUCUGCAUAUGACCAGCUAAAGAACAUUAGGCAGCACUCUUCUCCUUCCGGUGAUGGGUUUCAGAGGUUGGCACAUGUCUUCGCCAAUGGCCUGGAGGCACGCUUGGCUGGAACCGGAAGCCUGCUGUAUGCAGUCCAAGCUUCCAAGAAAAUUUCAGCUGCUGAAAAGUUGAAAGCUAACCAGCUUUAUUUUUCAGCUAGCCCAUUCAAGAGGAUAUUGAUGCUCUUUGCGAACCUAAUGAUUGCAGAUUUAUUUAUGAAUUCUAGCAAAAAGAAGCUCCAUAUUGUUGAUUUUGGCAUCCAAUAUGGUAUUCAGUGGCCCAUGCUUAUCCAACAUCUCUCAGGCCUUCCAGGUGGGCCCCCCAAACUGCGAAUUACCGGGAUUGAACUUCCACGACCUGGUUUCCGCCCUGCAGAGUUUGUUGAGGAGACAGGGCGUUGCUUGGCACACUAUUGCAAACGUUAUAAUGUUCAUUUUGAAUACCAUGCCAUAGCUCAGAAAUGGGAAACUAUCAAAAUUGAGGAACUCAACAUAUAUGAUGAUGAGGCACUUGCUGUGAAUUCUCUAGUUACAUUUACGUCCCUACUUGAUGAUUCAGUUGUGGAGGAUAGUCCAAGAGAUGCUGUUCUGACGUUAAUUAGGAAGAUGAAUCCGGGCAUUUUCGUCCAUGCUAUUCUCAAUGGAUCCUACGGUUCCUCCUCCUUUAUCAAUCGGUUUCGUGAGGCUCUCUUCCUAUACUCUUCACAGUUUGACAUGUUUGACACUACUAUGGCCCGCGAUGAUCAGUACAGGAGGUAUUUAGAGCAAGAGAUCUUCGGGCACGAGAUUAUGAAUGUAAUUGCAUGCGAGGGUUUUGUAAGGGUAGAGAGGCCUGAGACUUACAAGCAGUGGCAGAUUCGCGGUAUGAGGGCUGGUUUUAGGAUCCUACCAUUGAAGCAGGAGCUCGUGAAGAAGUUAAGGGGUAAAGUGAAGGCAGGUUAUCAUGAAGAGUUUGCAAUCGAGGAAAAUGGUCAAUGGAUGAUGCAAGGAUGGAAGGGUCGGAAUUACUGUGCUAGCUCCUGUUGGGUACCUGCAUAAAAGUAUUUAAUGCAUGCUUAUUAUACUUCUGGAUUGUGGACUACGGGUUUGUUUCCACGGUUGCUGGCAAGGAUGUUUGACAACAGAGGAACUGGUACUGGUUUCAACUUUAAUUACCUCUCUCUCUCUCUCUCUCUCUCUCUCUCUCUCUCUCUCUCUCUCUCUCUCUCUCUCUCUCUCUCUCUCUCUCUCUCGCGCGCGCUUAUGGGUUAUCUUGAAGACGUAUCGGGUACCAAUGCGACCAGAUAAUGUUUAGGGGUGCUCUUAGAAAUUCUGUGGCGCAAGGCGUACUGCUUGUGGUUUUAAAACAUCAAAAAAAAAAAAAAAAACUCAAUCUUGACAUGGUUUUGAAUUAUGGAUGUAUAAGCGGUGUACUAGAGUAAAGAUUUGUCUGUUAUUAAGGAUGCUGUAGUUUCGAUUAUAAGUGUGUUAUAUUAUCCAUAACUGUUUGCUUGUCCA